AUGUUGUUCCGGCGAAUAUCUUCUUUGGCAGAUCUCUUUACACCCCGCACACCCCUACCUUCUUACCCACCACACCUCCAGCAGCAGCAGCAGCAACAGCAGCAGCAGCAGCAACAACAACAACAGCAGCAGCAGCAGCAGCAGCAGCAGCAGCAGCGCGGAACAUUCUUAGUGUUGCAUACAUUUGGCCUUCAUCCUUAUGAACUCGCAGUCAUAGACGAGGCAUUCUUCCGCCUCUUCCCGCAGUACCAGCAGCAGCAGCAGCAGCAGCAGCAGCAGCAGCAGCAGCAGCAGCAGCAACAGCUGCACCAGCAGCAGAAGCAGCAGCAACGGCCGAUAGCUGCACUGCUGCUGCAUCAUCCUCCGUUCCUAAUUGAUCCUUCAGUUGGUGCUCGCCGUGCUAGCAACAACAGCAGCAACACUAGCAGCAGGAGCAGCAGCAACAACAGCAUCAGCAGCAGCAACAGCAGCAGCAACAGCAGCAGCAGCAGCAGACGCUUCGGUAGUUGUUUUAUCUUUGGUAUAAGCGGGAAGCCGCAGCAGCAUGCAGCGCCUUCUGUACUCAAGACACUGAGGCAAUACACCUUGCAGCAGCAGCAGCAGCAGCAGCAGCAGCAACAGCAACAGCAGCAGCAACAGCAACAAGAGCAGCAGCAGCAGCAGCAACAUUUGGACUCAUAUAGAGCUGAGGAGACAGAGCUUGCUGCCUCCGCUGGCGCAUCGGCAGAUAAAAAUGCAGCAGCAGCAGCAGCAGCAGCAGAUGCUGCAGGAACAGCACCUGGUGCUGCUGCAGCAACAGGUGCAGCACCAGCAGCAGCAGCAGCAGCAGCAGCAGGAGUUCAUCUAUUAAUACGUCGCUUUAGUGGUGGUGGUACUGUGCUGCUAGGAGAGGAGACAGCUGCAUGCAGCAGCUUGCUGCUGUCUCCUUCUUUUGCUGCUGCUGCUGCUGCUGCUCCCUUCCCUAGGACUCUUAUGCAGCAAGCAUUCAAAUUCUAUGCAGGGAUUGCACCUGCUGCAGCAGCUGCUGCUGCUGCUCCACCUGCUGCUGCUGCUGCUGCUGCUGCUGCUGCUGUGGGGGCCCAAUCUGGUCAUGCAGCAAGGAGCCCUCCUUCUGGUGCAGCAGCAGGAACAACAGCAGCACCAGAAACAAUAGCAGCACCAACAGCAACAGCACCAGCUGCAGCAGGAACAACAGCAGCAGCAACAGCAGCAGCAGCAGCAGCAGCAGCAGCAGCAGCAAAAAGAGUGCCGUGUCUCCGUGCUGGUGUCUCCUCUAUUCGUUUAUCUUCUUCUCCUUUUAAUGAAUCUUUUGGUCUUAUAGAGAAUGACUUCGUGCUGCUAAAAGGAGACACCUGCAGCAGCAGCAGCAGCAGCAGCAGCAGCAGCAGCAGCAGCAGCAGCGGCAGCAAGCAUGUUAAGAUAGCAGGGAAUGCACAAUCUAUAUCUCGUCAUUGUCUGCUGCAGCACACCUCCUUCCUUUGCCAAUUAGCAGCAGCAGACAUGCAGCAGCUGCUGCUGCUGCCGCAGCAGCAACCGGUGUACAGACACCAGAGGAGUCAUAAGGAUUUCUUAGCUGCUGCUGCUGCCGCGCUGCAGCAGCAUAUUACUGCUGCAUGCAGCAGCAAGGUCCUGCUGCAGCAGCCACAUGAUUUCUUGCUUGCUCUGCAUCUACUAGCAGAACAAACCUGUUUAGCAAAGAACCAGCAGCAGCAGCAGCAGCAGCAGCAAAACAGCAGCAGCAGCAGCAGCAGCAGCAGGAUACACUGGGAGGUACAGCCAGCAGUAUUUGCUGCUGCUGCUGCACGGCCUCCUCUUAGUUUCUUUAGACACAUACGCUACAUCAAUAAACACAGAAGAGCAGCAGCAGCAGCAGCAGCAGCAGCAGCAAAUCCGGGUUCUGCAGACAUGGCACCCAGCAGCAGCAGCAGCAGCAACAGCAGCAGCAGCAGCAGCAGCAAAGGUGUUAAUGAGAUAUGUUUUCUGCGUGUCUCCACGCCACUCAUUCAGGACCUCCUGCAACGCCUGUCAACGCGCAGCAGCAGAAGAAGCAGCAGCAGCAGCAGCAGAAGCAGUAGCAGCAGAAGCAGUAGCAGCAGCAGCAGCAGCAGCAGCAGUCUGCGUACCACACGCCUAAUGGGGGCAGACGGUGAGUUGCUUCCUGAUGAAUUCUUUAGAGACAUACUAGAGGUCAACAAUUUGCUGCCGCUGCAGCAGCAACUGCAGCAGCAGCAGCAACUGCAGCAGCCGCAGCAACUGCAGCAGCCGCAGCAACAGCAGCAGCAACAACAGCAGCAGUAG